AAACUCGAUUAUAAAUGCGAGUAUAUGGGAAUCUUCAGUUGUUAUAGCAACUAGUAGUACUAAGGUGUUAGGACUCGCAGCCAAUGUUCUAAAAAACAGCAUUUUCCUAUGUUCCCAAUUCGAUAAAGAUAGUGGAAUGCAUUACACUUUUUUAAUGUAACAAGCAAUGUAGGUAAUCAUAUAGGACGCGACUGACCUUUAAAAAAUUUUUUUAUUUUUCAAGCAUAAAAUGUAAAAAAGACAAUUUCUGUAUUUUAACCAAACUUUUUUUUACACUUAUUACUCAACAUCUACUACAUACAUUGUCGAUAUAAUAAGAACAAUUUAAUCAUAUACUGCACCGGAGACAUCAGUAAAAUGUCUGUAUGUAGAAAAAUAACGUCUAUUCACACAGUAUUUUUCACUUCUGGCAAUAACAGUACUUCACUAACACACUGAUUAUCAUUUCAUUGACACUGCUCAUGAGAGAGUUGCUGGUGUACAUCCAUGUCUGUCAACUGCUUGUUCGGGAAUUUGCUCAUGAAAAAUUCGCGUAUUUUGGUCGCAAACAGAUUGCUGAGGUUCAACAAAAACUGAAGGCUGGGGGGUCAGGCCAUAAAGAGGCUGUCGAUUUUGCGUAUCACAAAAUUGUUGUCCUUCUAACUGCUGAGAAUCAACUACAUAAGGAUCUUGGAAAUUUUGGCUAAAAUCACUCUGUAUGGGUGAAGAAGUAUUUGUCAAUUGGGCCCUUAAAUAUUCUUGUUUAACUGCAACAGCUUCAGAGAUUGGUUCGUACAUAGGAUUGUAAGUAUUUAACUUAAAAUCGGAUUGUAGCUGCUGGUAUGGAUAAUUGAUUUGCUGGUGGUGGACGUGACUUUGAUUUACAAACCCAAAGCCUCUAUUUAAUACAGCUUGCCUUGGCGAAAUGUCUUCAGAAUCAUAAGCAGGUCUUUGGGAAAAAGAUUGGAAAUUAGAUGGACCAAAAAUUGGUUGUUGGGGUGUCAGAUUUAUAAUGGGCAGCGAUCUCGUCUGUGCAAGCCCGCUAUUAACAGUAGCUUGUCUUGAUAAAUUGUCUGGAAUUUGCUCAUAUGAUGCUAUUUGGGGAUAAUGGUUCAGAACUGAAAAUUGUUGAUUUGGAAUUUGGCUAACAUUAACCUGUUCGUGCCAUGGGGUUUGGUUUAUUCGUGAGAAAUAUAAUUCAUUAGGUUGUUCUAACAUCGCUGAUUCAGGAUUAGUCUCUAAAGCAAGUGGAGAAGACCUAUACAUUUUAGAAUCAUCAGGAUAUCGAGGCUCAUCAUAACCAGCCUGAAGAUUAUUCUGUCCAAAUGUACAGGGAUAUAUUUGCUCCUGAGCGGGUUGCCAAACAGGGUUAUGAUUACCGAUUUCCCCGAAAGUGGGAGUUUUUACAUUGGGUGAUGCGAGGG